UCUUCUUCUUCUUCUUCUUCUUCACCAGACUUGACUGGAAUGAUUGAUUGACACUACGAGAUUCAAAGAAGAUUCUGUGGCCUACUGUACAAGGCAGAACAAGAUUGUUGUCGAGUCAAGGAGGGUGAGUUGAGCAUCUCUAAAUGGUCAAGAAUGUGAAAAGGUUGGAAACUUUUGAGCAAGUAUGCCUAAUCUAUGGCAUUACACCUGUCUGUGCUUCUAACCAGCUAUUGUUUCUUUAUUAAGCGUGACAUGCCUGUGAAAUGACACUGACAACUCAUGUACGGCAUGUUAAGGCCCACAAGGAGGGGACCUUGUGUGGUGGUUGUGUGUUUGCUGGGGUGACACUAGUGUCAAAAGAAAAGCUGUGUCGUUGAACAAAGAUGAGUCUUGUCUUCUUACCUGCCCCUCUGAUGUUUAGCGGUUGAAAGGGCACUGACUAAUGACAUUAAGCAUGUUUUAGUUGCCCACUGGCCCUGUGUCAGCCACAAUGGACUGAGUAACUAUCCCUACUGUAUGGUCAAUUUAGCUACAGAUUCUUCCUACAACUAACACAUUAAAAAAUAUUUAACAGAUUUAACUCAUUACUGUCAAUCCAGGCAUCUGUGACUUUCAAAUAUAUGGAUUAGGUGUUAUAGAGCCAAAUGAUAAAGGAUAAGCUCUUGUAAGCAAAUAUAUCUAUCAUGUCAGGGUUAGGGAUAUAUUAGCGUCCGCUCCCAGGCUCUGCUACCGAUGGUGAGUUGAAAGCCUGUGAUGAAGGCUAGGGUUAUAUAGCAUAACAAAGUUAGAGUCAAGGUAAUCUAGGUCAGGGGGAGGUGCAGAGACAAUUGGAUCAUCUAGAGAAAUCCUAAGAGGUUAGAACCGUUAGCAUGACAGCUGUCAAUAAAUCUCCAAGGGGGGAAAGGUUAUAAUGACAUCUUUACGACAGAUUCAUGACAGGUUCCAUCAUGACAUAAUGACAUGGUGCCUGGGAACUGAAGGUUUCUGUAGUUUACAGAGAAUAAACAGACUUCUUAUUUUGAAACACUUACAUAACAUUAAUCUUGAGCCUGAAAUUGUAUGGAUACUUUUUUAGCGGUGACAAUAAGAAAUAAUAAAAGGUAAGAAUACGAACACAAAGUAAAUAGCUCAGUAGAAUAAACCUUUUAGCAUCCUCAAGUGAGGGACAUCAAAGAGAUUAACAUUCAAAAACGUGUUCAUGAGGGCAAAUUUUGUCAUGACAGCCACAGGUUUUUUAUACACAGGACUGUCACGGUUUCGGUCGAGGCUGCUCCUCUUCCUUGUUCGGGCGGACUUCGGCGGUCGUCGUCUCCGGAGUACUAGCUGCCACCGUUCGAUGUUUUUUGUUCUUUUGGUUUUGUCUGUGCAUAACACCUGUCCCUUAUUUGUGUCUUGAUUAUUCUCCUUAUUUAGUUGGUUUGUUUGGGGCAGGUGUUAUGCGUGAUUGUUAUUGUCAGUUUGCCUCCGAGUAGUUCUCUCUCUCGUUUAUUUAGUAUUUUCGAGAGUUCGCACUGCGUGCGCCUUUUCUUGUUUUUCCGCACUGUGUGUUGUGCGUAAUUGUUCGUGCCGCCCGGUUGGGUUGGCGACUCAUUUCCCGUGUUGGGAUACAUAUAUAUACUAAAGUCCGUUGAAGAACCUCCUUGUCCCUGCGCUUGAUUCCUGCACUACAUCCACACUCAACACUCUGACAAGGACAGGAGUUUACAGUCUUUUGUUCCAGCCUUUCACUAACACCUCAUUCAACUUAUUGUGGUCUAAAUAGUAGAUGAUGAAUAGUUGAACAUGGUGUUUGCUGGGCAGGAAUAAAACCUUGCACACAGGACAGUACCCUGGGGCAGAAUUCACCCAUAUCUGUAUUUUAGAAUGACCGUCAUAUGUUACAAUGAGCUGACAAUUCUGCAUGAUAGAGAAUAACAUGUGGAUCUACUUCUAUCAUUGUGAUGUUGCACACUGCUGAAUAAACUCCUGACAAACUCCUAGGAUAGGGUGAUUUUCCUGGUGGACGGGAGGUUCCCAAGUUCUUUCCAUUUGUCUGGGUGAUGGGGUGGGAUGUGCUUCAACCUGAGGAGAACAGAGCAGAAACAUAAGGCCAAGGGAGGAGAAAUGAACCUCACUGCUCAAAUUUCAGUGCUGGUUCAAGUUGUUGAGAACCACAACUACCUUUGUUAAUGUGCAAUUGUUUUGUAAACAGUUUGACAUAUUCAUAGGCUUGAUCAAGUUGUUACCGAUUUACUUUUAAUUGAUCAUUUCAUUAUUCAAAACAUUUUAUUUAUAUGCAAUGGUGAAACACGAGGGGAAGGGAAAGUGACGAGAAGAAAGUUUGCUAGCUAGCUAACGUUAGGUAAACAGACACUACAUGCAUGUAUUGACUGAUCAUGUAAGAAUGCACAAAUAACUUGGCUGGCUAGCAAGACUAGAUUGAACUGGAACAUUUUCUCCCAAGCGGGGACUUCAGUCCGCCAUUAAUUCAGAAGUUUGGGGAAUUUUGCUGUGUUGCAAGGUGUUAUGGGAUAGCCUCCCCGGCGAAGGGAAGGAAAAGUAUGCUCCCAUGCGUACUUUGUUUUCCAGACCUCCCAAGUACGCUUAUAGAAAUUCAGGUAGACUUAAUACAUACUUGUCUUUUCACGUUCUUAUGUUUGGAACCGCACUUGAAAAAAUACAGUUGACUUCCGUACUCGCUAUAUGCUCUAGAUAGAACACAAGUAUGCAUUUUGGAACACUACCAGUGUUUGUUUGACUAAAUAGUAGUCAAACAAAGAAAUAACAGGAGCGCUGUGAUUUGCAAAUAUUACUGUAUCACAUUGUUGACAUCAGCCCAGCCAGCACUUUCACAUGCAGGCAUGAGAGCCUGUACUGAGAGCAGAGCCUAUGGGAUUAUGUUUUUGCCCGGUUUCAUGGUCCUACCCAAUGGUAUGUUUCAAUAAUACACUAAUCCAGUGAUAGGGCUUACCCAGGAAAAACUUCACCCAAAAUGACUAAUUCAUGGUAAACAGGUUGGAGGAGCACCCUACAUACAGUAUAUACUGUAUGUACUGUAUAUCUAAAUUCCUCAAGAAAAGCAUAUAGUUAAGGGGCAGGAAACAGUAGCCAAAGUAUUUGCAGGCUUUUGUUCCAGCCCAGCUCUAACACACCUGAUUCAACACAUCAACUAAUCACGAUCUUCAAUUUAAACAUGUAUUAGUUGAAACAGUUGUGUUAGCGCUGAGUCAGAAGUUGCCCACCCCUGUCUUACUGUCUGUGACAUGACAUAUAGGAGCAUAGAGAUAAUGCACAGAAGCUUAUAACGUCUGUGAUGGAUGAAUUGGAAUGUCAACAGGUCACAAAACUGUAAGUAAAGUGAACGAGGGUUAAGUCCCCUGUAUUUGUUCUUUGAGAUAAUAUUCGUUUUCUCCCCUCAUCUCACUGCUGGCCCUCUGUGCUUUAGUUAUAACAACACAACACAGGAACCGACAGAGCAAAGGAGAAGAAAAGAAGGAGAUUAAAAGAAGUACUUCCUAAUUACAUGAUGGAUGAAAGUGAAAAGGUAGACGUUCUUGGUCCAUUAGAACUGCCAGUCAAAUGGUGUAAAGGUGAGGGUUAGUUAUGGCAACAUCUCAGGACUGGGACAGCUGAAACAUGAUCAGAAACAAGUACACCUGGGUUCAAAUACUAUUUGAAAUCGGAAAAUACUUUGAGCGUUUGCUCUAGCUUGCCUGCAGUACCAGAUGGGUGGGUUUUACAGUUUGGGGACUAUUCUAUUGGUCCAUUAAGCCAGGCAUGCUCAAUCAAGCACAGAUAAAGUAUUCGUAAUUAUGUCAAAUACCAUUUGAACCCAGGUCUGCCAGAAACCAGUGCACCAUUCAGCUUUAGAAUAGCUUUAAAGAGGAAUUGGACACUAAGAGGAAAACCAACACCACUGUAUCAAAUGAUUCACAUAUAUCCUUUUUUCUUUAAAUCAGAUGGGAACCAUUCAUUCAUUAAUUUUGGCUCGUAAAUUGUGGGAAUAUCCCCAGGACAAACUGUGGACAUUUUGAUAUCUGAUUUUUAAUGGGUCGUUGAAGGUCCAGCCCUUUUGUCAGAGGUCACAGUGCACAUAUAAACAGGGAUGUCACACUAUGGUCCUCAACCUCCCACAGAUCCCGCUCCACCAAGAUUCCAGUUAACCAUCUAUGGCCAAAGAAAUGACAGCACAGUGUUUUUUUUCUCUUGGUCAGCCAUUCUUCCUCGUCAGCGCAACUCCAAACGGCCAAUCAGAGGUUUGUGUCAAGCAGGUCAAAGGCUCUGUUGCUGGAACAGAACAAAGGCUGUCUCAACUCUGACAUUUCACUUCCUUUUUACUCCUGUAUGGAAUAUCUCUCUCUCUCUCUCUCUCUCGCUCUCUCUAAAUUGGGUCGCCGUCAAUAAUGGCUGAUCCCUGGCCAUGACCCCACUCUCCGAGGGUGUCUCAGGGGGAGUUGGGAUAUACAAAAAACACAUUUCAAUUUCACACUUACAGGUUCCCCACAUGCAGGUAAACAGGACAAAUAUAAGCACCCCCUAUUUGACCUUUUUGACACACACACACACACACACACACACACACACACACACACACACACACACACACACACACACACACACACACACACACACACACACACACACACACACCCUUCAACCCACCUCAGCAAUAGCUGGUUUUGAGUGAUCUAAUCUUCACGGUUUGUUGCCCAUUUUAAUGAGCUUUGAGGAGUGUGUGUGUGUGUGCGUGCGUCUGUGCGUGCGUUUGUGUGUAUAAGUGUGUGUGUAUGAGGUUGCCCUUCCUGGAACCUCUGCCACGUGUCUCACACCUCUGCUGGGAUCUGAUAACAGAACUGUAAACUGAUGAAGAUGGAAAAGCACCUUGCCCCCUUCUAUAGAGGCAACUUACAUUAUCCCUCACCAUUGCAAAUUACUGAGGAACUGUUUGGUGAACAUGGGGCCAGUUUCCUGGACACAGUUUAAAAGGAUACUGUGAGAUUCUGGCACUCUGGCGAUUACCAUUAUUAUGUCUCUGUGUGCAGUAUGAAGGAAGUGAGACGUAGUUUCGUGAGCCAAUGCUAACUACCUAAGUAGCUCAGCUGGUAGAGCACGGCGCUUGUAACGCCAAGGUAGUGGGUUCGAACCCCGGGACCAGCCAUACACAAAAAAAUGUAUGCACGCAUGACUGUAAGUCGCUUUGGAUAAAAGCGUCUGCUAAAUGGCAUAUUAUUAUUAUAAAAACGGCUUAAUUGCCAGAAUCUCGCAGUAUCCCUUUAAACCUAUUCCUUGACCAAAUGUUUCUCCAUUUAAAGUGCUUCUUAGUCCAAGAUUAGGCUUAAUCUGUGUCCGGGAAACUGUUCCAUCGAACCUACAGUACCCAUUCCUGUACACUAAAAGAUCACAUACUGUAUCGCCCCUGGUCUGUAAACAAUGAUAACUCAGAGAUGCCCAGAAGACCACUGAGAUUUUACACUGGGGUUAAAUGCUGUAGCCUACCUGAAAGGUACAAUCAUACUAUGAAUGACCCAGACUAUGAAGGAUACAAUAACGAUAUCAUGUAACGCACGGAUGACACUGGCAAGCAUCAACCACACACAGAUGAAUCAUACAAGCCACUGUGCAUACAGUCCAUGUCAUGGAUCUGUGAAAGCAAGGCACGACACAUUCCAAAUCACAUGGAGAAAAAACACAAGGAAUGAGAUUGUGACUCAUAACACACAUGUUGAACUACACUGAGUGUACAAAACAUAGACAUUAGGAAUGCUCUUUCCAUGACCAGGUAAAUCCAGGUGAAAGCUAUGAUCCCUUAUUGAUGUCACCUUUUAAAUCCACUUCAAUCAGUGUAGAUGAAGGGGAGGAGACAGGUUCAAGAAGGAUUUCUAAGCCUUGAAACAAUUGAGACAUGGAUUGUGCAUGUAUGCCAUUCAGAGGGGGAAUGGGCAAGACAAAAUAUUUAAGUUCCUUUGAACGGGGUAUGGUAGUAGGUGCCAGGCGCACUGGUUUGAGUGUGUUAAGAACUGCAACGCUGCUGGGUUUUUUAUGCUCAACAGUUUCCUUUGUGUAUCAAGAAUGGUCCACCACCCAAAAGGACAUCCAGCCAACUUAACACAACUAUGGGAAGCAUUGGAGUCAACAUGGGCCAGCAUCCCUGUGGAGUGCUUUCAACACCUCGUAGAGUCCAUACCCCGAUGAAUUGAGGCUUUUCUGAGGGGGUGCAACUCAAUAUUAGGAAGGUGUUCCUAAUGUUUUGUACACUCAGUGUAUACCACACCCCAAACUCAAACUUUUAUUUUUUUCUCAUUGCGAUCCAAUUACGAUCUUGUCUCAUCGCUGCAACUUCGGGAGAGGUGAAGGUCGAGUCAUGCGUCCUCCAAAACAUGACCCGCCAAGCCACACUUCUUAACACCCGCUCGCAUGUUUCUAUUCUUCCCAGGUGCAGACUUCCUUCUAAGCACACCAUCAUGUCUACAGACUCUCCCAGCUCCACGUUUACUCCCAGUGCCAACAGGUCCUUGACAACGACACCAGCCCUUCAGGCCUCCUCCCUACGCACCUGUGAGCCUCCAGGAUCCUCCCUCCAGCAGAUGGCGCACUCACAGGUACCAGAAUCCACUGAAAACUGUUUAUUUUACAGUUUCACCCACUUUCACCCAGAAAGACUCCAGAUGGAAACACUCCCUCCAUUUUGAUUCAGGCCAAAGCCAUGCAUGCUUUACCCAUCUCAUCUCCUUUUCUGCACCUGCAUUGGGCUACUGUUCCUCCAGAGGUCAUUCCAGAAUCCACACUGUGAUCUUAGUGAAUGAGCCCAUAGCUGUUUGAUUAACCAGACCUCGGUUCAAGUAGUAUUUGUUAUCUUUCAGAUACUUUGAGCGUUUGCUUCAGCCUGCCUCGAGUGGUAGAUGGACAGGUUUAGAAAAAUGUAACUUUUUUUUUGGUUCCAUUGGUUGCUUUUCAUUGGUCAUUUUCAUUGGUUCCAUUGUGCCAGAUAAAGUCUUUGAAAGAAAAUGAAUACUAUUUGAACCCAGAUCUGCUUGCAACAGAGAAUGUUUAUGAGUGAAUCUAAAAGGAUGUAAACUAUCUACCUAUCGCACACACAGGACCUUUUCAAGGACAAGAUGCCCUGGAGGAAAUGUGUUAAGUUUUAUCCUGACAAUCACGUUUCUCUUAUUUUGGACUAAUUAAUUACCCACCCCUGGGGCAGUAACGUACCAGUAAAUACUGGAGAUCUCUAUCUAUCUGGAGAUCUAAAUACCCCCCCAAACAGACAUGAUGUGUUUAAACAGAAAUAAUGUUUGCGUCCCAAAUAGCGCCCUAUUCCCUAAUAUGAUUUGGAACACAGACAAUGCCAGGAGAUAAAUGUAGUUGAUUCUUGGCUAUUUCCACUUGCAUUGUUUCAUGAUUACAGAUUCUAGCCAGGAGAUUCUGGAUGUUGCUAAAUAACCAGCUAACAUAUUGUAUAUUAAUCUCCCCUCAGUGUGAGGAGAGCAGUUCUGUGUCAUUCACCACUGCCCAGAGCGAGAGAGAAAGCGCCACCUACAGACAGAGAAAUGCCGCUGCAGAGACCUGCAGGAGGCACAGCAUUGAUGGAGCCAUGGUAACACAGAGUCAAAGGUCAAACUUAGGGUCAGGGUCGGCUGACCGCUUCCACCCCUACCGACGUCAGUUCAGCGAUGGUGGGGUUGCCACGGAUUGCCUGGCCCCUGUUCCCCCUGGGUCUCGUCCCUUCGUCUGUCUCAGAGAGGUGGAGGCUCCAGAUAGCUUCACUGCCACACACACAUCUACCAGUGAGGAACAGACAUGCUGGGAUCCAUACAACGGGAGUUUCCAGGCUUCCAGACUGAUGGUAUGCUACAGUGAUACUCAUACUCUAAAUGGCUAUUCAUUCAUAGUACACACCAACAGCUGAACUGUACCAUUCCCAGGUGUACAUGGCCAUCGGGGAGAGCGCCACACGUAAGCAGUUCCCCAUAGACAGAUCUCUCAUACACACCUACAGCUCCUACCCCCCCCCCACACACACACACAUCACAAUGAUACUAGUGCUGCCAAUGAGUUUCCUCAGAUAUCAUUACUUGUAUAAUGGGUUUAUCUUCAUUAAUUCCCUUCAUUCAACACAGCAGGGCUCCCAGCACUCUUACCCAGAACCACUGGCUGCACCCGAGGAACCUUCCUGCUUCCUGUCCCAAGGCCAUGCCUCCUACAGCCCCCUAGCCCCACUGCAGCAGGUGAGUGGGCAGGACCAAAGUACAGGGGGAGGGGUUAACUUAAGGGGGGGAGGUUCUGAGCUUAUCUCAAUAGGGUGGUUUUGGUAAGCUAUAGAGCGCAAUAGUAAUGGUGUCUUUUUGUAGGCACUAACGGAGGCUAACUCAGCCAUGACCAAAUUAAUGGGGGUUUUGUAGGGUUUUUGGAUAAAUGCUGAAAAUAAUGCAGAGUGGCGCAGUGGUCUAAGGCUGUGCAACUAGAGAUCCUGGUUCGAAUCCAGGCUCUGUCGUAGCCGGUCGCGACCGGGAGACCCAUGGGGCGGCGCACAAUUGGCCCAGCGUCGUCCAGGGUAGGGGAGGGAAUGGCCGGCAGGGAUGUAGCUCAGUUGGUAGAGCAUGGCGUUUGUUGUUGUGGGUUCGCUUCCCAUGGGGGGCCAGUAUGAAAAAAUAAAUAAAAAUGUAUGCACUCACUAACUGUAAGUCGCUCUGGAUAAGAGCGUCUGCUAAAUGACUAAAAUGUAAAAUGGUAAACACGGUUUUCGGAGAUCUUACAAUAUAUGUUUUGUUCUAUGAGAUAAUCUUCCUCCGCUAACGUAAACAUUUUUGAAUUUUGAAGCAUUUAUGUAAUCAAAACAAGCACACAAACCACUUAAAGGCUUCAUAAUUCAUAAAUGUCAUGUUAACUGACUAAUAUUCUCUCAAUGAACAAAACUCAUUUCUGUUUUUUAGGACUACAAACUGGCAACCUCUGUUGGUUUGGGUGGAAUUUUGGUGCUGUAUAGGUUGGUUGAGAUAGAAACCACCUACGGUACCUCAUAUAUUUCCAAGGGUUAGUGCCAUUCUGCCAAAUAACUUGUCAAAUACCUUGCCAAGGAAAAUAACACUUUGCCAACAGGGCUUGGUUAUAUCAUACCGUGAACUUGUGUACAGUAUAGGCUUUGCAGAAUACAGCUGUGCGGUUUGGAAAAACCUCACUGUGUACACACUCUGUUGCUAAAGUAAUACAAGUUCUGCUGUGACAAUGUGUGUGUAUGUAUGCAUGCACGCGGGCGUGUGUCCGUGUGUGUGUGUUCUCUCUAGUUCUCACCAGGUGUGUAUUCUACCAGUGGACAAUCCAAAAGUUCUCAGUACUCUCUCCAGUGCCUCGCCACUCCAACCCAUCAGGACAGUAGCAUGCAGUCCCUCUUCCCCAAGCCCAUCUACUCAUACAGGUGAACACCGUACUUCGAUACUCCAUACAUGUGCAUAAUCACAAUCUACAGUAUUACCAAUCCGUACAAUCAGGUUUUGGACUUUGGUGUAACAUUAAUGAUAUAUUAAAAACCUUAUUAAAUCAAGACCUUAUUUAAUCAAACCCAUUUCUCACUCUUCAUCACUCUUCUUUCUCUGCAUGUUUGAAAUAAUGUUUACAAGGUGAAGCAAAAAGAAGUUGAACUGUAAGCAUGUCAGUUCUUUAACAACCCCUAAAACCAGUUUACCAGUUUGGAUUGAAAAGGAACCCAAGUAUUCGGUGUUCAGCUAUGAUUUCAGUUAGUUUCUGCACAUUUUGUACUCUGGUUUUCUGAGGACCAGAUGGUAUAUAUAUUUCAAUAAUGAUUUUACCUAAACUCCUAUCAAGUAUCAACAUUACAUAAUAAUAAGAAGAUGUUCAUGGAGUCUUUUAUCACCUUUAUCCCUCAGGCUUGCAGGUGUGAGGUGGAUGGGGUUUGAGGUGGAUGAGAUGUGAGGUGGAUGGGGUGUGUGAGGUGGGUGAGGUGUGAGGUGGGGGGGGGGGGGGUGAGGUGGGUGAGGUGUGAGGUGGAUGAGGUGUGAGGUGGGUGAGGUGUGAGGUGGUGAGGUGUGAGGUGGAUGAGGUGUGAGGUGGAUGGGGUGUGUGAGGUGGGUGAGGUGUGAGGUGGAUGGGGUGUGUGAGGUGGGUGAGGUGUGAGGUGAAUGAGAUGUGUGAGGUGGGUGAGGUGUGAGGUGAAUGAGAUGUGUGAGGUGGGUGAGGUGUGAGGUGAAUGAGAUGUGUGAGGUGGGUGAGGUGUGAGGUGAAUGAGAUGUGUGAGGUGGGUGAGGUGUGAGGUGAAUGAGAUGUGUGAGGUGGGUGAGGUGUGAGGUGGGUGAGGUGUGUGAGGUGGGUGAGGUGUGUGAGGUGGGUGAGGUGUGAGGUGGGAUGAGAUGUGUGAGGUGGGUGAGGUGUGAGGUGGGUGAGGUGUGUGUAUGUGUGUGUGUGUGUGUGUGUGUGUGUGUGUGAGAGAGAGAUAGACCAUGCCCUAGAUCUACACUGGUUCUGCAUGUAUAGCACAGCCUCUUAUUCAAACCCACUACAAAGACAAUUUGUGCUUUUAAUUACGAUAAUGUCAAUUCUAUCUACCAUACUUAUUUUCUGACUUUUUCCUCAGAGACUGAAUUAGUAUGAUAAUGACAACUUGAAUGUCCUUGUUUCCUUUUAGUGUUUUGUGGAUGUGAUCAUGGAUCCUUGUCACGAAUGAUGUACACUCUUAGAAAAAAAGGUGCUAUCCAGAACCUCAAAGAGUUCUUUGGCUGUCCCCAUAGGAGAACUCUUUGAAUAACCCUUUUUGGUUCCAGGUAGAAACCUUUCUACAGACGGUUCUACAUGGAACCCAAACGGGCUCUACCUGGGAAAAAAAGGGUUUUACUAUGGGGACAGUCGAUUAACCCUUUUGGAACCCUUUUUUCUAAGAGUGUACUGUACAUGUAAUGAAUAAACAACACUGUGAUGUUAAAUAAUAUAAUAUAAUAUACAAUAAUAAUAUAAUAUUGACUACAACUGAUUGACUACAUUGACUACAAUGUUUGUCUUCUAUCCGUAGCAUCCUGAUCUUCAUGGCUCUGAGGAACAGUAAGACAGGGAGUCUCCCGGUUAGUGAGAUCUACAAGUUCAUGACUGAACACUUCCCCUACUUCAAGGUACAGCAGGAGGACAUUAUGGCUUCUCACUAACCCAACAGUCAUCUCUGUGUCUUCAUAACUCUUUCAUUAUUCUCAUCCUAUGUAUUUUAUCUGUGCAAUGUCACAGGCAGAGUUGUUAUAACUAUUGCAAUAAAUCCUUCAUGCACUGAGAAAUUGUAUGAACUUUGCGUCAACUAACUUUCCAAAAUGAUACAAGGACACACAAGUGACAUGCUUUGGGCAUAACCACACUUGUAAAGUAAAUACCUUAACUAAUUAAAUGUAUUUACACGUGGUUUGAAAGACUCAAUCACUGAGAGAUCGAUGCCUGCUGAUCUUCAAUGGAGAGGGAGAGUGAGAGAAAUAGAAAGAUAAAUAUCGAGAGAGAGAGAGAGAGAGAGAGAGAGAGAGAGAGAAACCAUAUAUUUUCUUUAGCCUCCAUAGAUGAAUGAGAAAUGAUACUGUAAUACUGUAUAUAGAUCCAACGGUGUGCCAAAGCAGAAGCAGCCAUAGCCGUAGGCUAGCCUCGUCCCCAGCCGUUUGUUAGGCAUCAUCAACCCCUACCUAUUCUAUACAGAAUACAGGCGUGGCCUAUAGGACCUAGUCAAAAGUAGUGCUCUAGGGAACAGGGUGCUAUUUGGGACACAGCCAGUGUUUAACGAGGCUAGCCAUGGGCCACCCCGGCUGAUACCCGUUAGGGCUUGAUCAGUGUCUUCCCAUCCAUCACGGUGGUUGUAGACCCAUGAAAUGGUUGGCUGUUUGCUGGCUGGCUGGCGUAGGAAGAGGAGGAAGGUGCAACGUGGCACUGCAACAACUUUGGCUCCUCUCCAGCCAAACAUACAGUAGGACCUAUGACUGAGAGAUUGCCUCUGGGGGGUGUGGUUGUGUGGUUGUGUGGUUGUGUGUGUGUUUGUGUGUGUGUGUGUGUGUGUGUGUGUGUGUGUGCAACGUGGCACUACCACUGCUUUGGUUCCUCUUGACUUUUGACUUGAUUUUGAAUUACUUAAUUGGUUAGGGUUUCGGCAGUUGAAACUAAACUCAGCGUUCUGCCCACCCCGUUUCGGUAAAAAGCUGAGGGAUGUGGUUGGACAGAGCUAUGGAUGCAAAUACUGACCAUCCAUGACAUCAAAAUGAUAGUUUUCAGCUGUAUAUUGUUUGUUUACAUUGAAUGUUUACAAACAGUGGAGUAAAAUAAGUGUAUAUUUUGGGUUCUGAACUAACUUAUAUUAUAUUAUAUUCUUCAAGGAUAUAAUUGAAAAGUCCAAAAAAUGUAUACAUCAAUCGCAAAUAGCCCCUACAAGGAAUUCAUAAAUAUGUUAAAUAUACUUCAAAGCAAUAACUUGAUUAUUUACACAGCUACAAACUGUACAGUAGUAUAUAAAAAUGGAACAAUUAAAGAUUGGAGAAAAUGUAUCCCAUUGAAAAUGUACAAAUACUGUUAUUGCACAUUUUUCCUCUCCUUUCUGUCUCUCAGACGGCUCCAGAUGGAUGGAAGAACUCGGUCCGCCACAACCUGUCUCUGAAUAAGUGCUUUGAGAAGGUGGAGAAUAAGAUUGGCAACUCUUCCCGUAAGGGCUGUCUUUGGGCCCUCAACCCAGCCAAGAUAGAGAAGAUGCAGGAGGAGCUACACAAGUGGCGCCGCAAAGACCCCCUCACUGUCCGCAAGAGCAUGGCCAGGCCGGGUAGGUGGUCUAUACAUCACAGACAAGGAGUCCCCUGAGACCUGGGCUAUGUUUUAUUUGCGCUUCCUCAAAGUUCAGAUGCCAGUGUUUUAGAUGAAGGGUAAGCUUGGCAAUCCUCAGGUCCAUCAUGGCAUAAAUUACACCCUAAAUAAGAUGGUUCUAUGUUAAUCAGAAAUAUUCAAGUACAGCUUGUGCUGUUACAGACAGGGCGGCAGGUAGCUUAGUGGGUAAGAGCGUUUGUGCCAGUAACCGAAAGGUUGCUGGUUCUAAUCCCUGAGCCGACUAGGUGAAAAAUCUGUUGAUGUGCCCUUGAGCAAGGCACUUAACCCUAAUUGCUCCUGUAAGUCGCUCUGGAUAAGAGCGUCUGCUAAAUGACUAAAAUGUAAAUGUAAUGUUACCUUGGAGACCAGCAUUCUGGUGAUCUAUCCACUCAGCCAUUUGGGCAGCUUUUACAGGAGAUAAAUGUACUCUCUCUCUCUCCCCUCUCUCUCUCCCCUCUCUCUCUCUCCCCUUUCUCCUCCCCCUUCCUUCCCCCUCUCUUUUCUCCUCUCUCUUCUUCCCUCUCCCUCUCUCUCUCCUUCCCCCUCUCCCCUUCCCCCUUCCCUUCCCUCCUCUCCCCAAAACCCCCCCUCUCCUCUCCUCUCCUGGAACCUUUCCUUUCUCUCUCCCCUCUCUCUUUUUUAAAAUCCUUUUUUUGGGGGGGGAAAAGACCGGAACCAAAAUUUUAUUUCCUCCAAAACCAACCCCCGUCAAAUCACCAAAAACCUACAACCCUCCCCCCUCCUCCUUCCUCCUCCCAGCCUCAAACCCUGUCCCCUCUCCGACAUCCCCUCUACCCCCCCCAUCCCCCCUCCCUCCCUGACAAACCAGCCCCCCGUUUCCCUGCCCCCACCACCCCCCACCCCUUUCCCCUCUCCCCUGCGGACAGCAGCCUCCAUCGGGUUAUCCCCCCCCCAAAGUGGGGACCCUGGGUUUCCACCCUGGUGGAGCAGACACCCUCCACCUGUACUGCCACCAUGCAGGCAGAGUAUGAUGUUGGGCCCAGGAGCAUGCAGGAGCUACAGCUAGAUGGAGAUGCUAGUAACGAUAUCGACACGCUCAACCCCAGCUUGACUGACCUGCAGCUCCACGGUUGAGAGAGAGAGAGAGAGAGAGAAAGAGAGAGAGAGAGAGAGAGAGAGAGAGAGAGAGAGAGAGAGAGAGAGAAAGAAGAGAGAGAGAGAGAUUCAAUAAUUAUUUUUAUACAAUCUGCAACAAGAUUUACAACCCUGUUCACUCUCCUCUCAGGUUACUUGUGGGAGGAGCUGAGAGAGGACAGUCUGGCUCCUGAUUCGCUGGUGGCAAUCAGCCCCUCACCCUCCUCUUCCCAGCCAACACACUUCCUCCUGGGGUCCAGUCUGAGGAGCACCGGUCCUGUCAACCAGACAUCAGAGUUUGAUCUCCGUCGGGCUGGGAGGAAGAGGAGGAAGAUGAGGAGAUGGGGGGAGGAUGUGGAGGUCCAUCAGACCUCCAUAUUAAUGGACAGUACCACACAGCCUACCCAGGUGUAGAGAGCUUGGCAGGUUACCUCACUUCCAUGGGAAACACCCCCAUACCUCUGCUUUGAAGCCCAGGAAUGGGGCUCCCUUCGUGGAAUAGCUCACCAAGACCUUCCCCCUGGACCUCCAGGGCAACUCAAGAUUGGGGUUGUGAAGGUCAAGACUUAUCACAAAGGGCUCAGUUUGAAAGUGAAUGUAGCAAAGAAACAGUGACAAUAUUGUGCACAGUUUGAUCACAAUCAAACAUUAUAUUUUGCUUUGCUUUGAACAUGCAGAGCAUGUUGACUCAAUUUGUCUACAAUGAGCCUGAAUAGAAUGUGUGAGUAGGGGUUCAGGUUUUAUCAUAACCUUGUUAACAAUAUGUUUUUAUUAAUAUUAAUGACUGUGGCUGGGUCAAAUUCAAGACUUGACAUUCAUGAGAAUGAAUGGAUCCAAAAGCUCAUGACACACCUGACUGUUCAGUGAUUAGGAGUAGAGUGCAGUACCACCUAACUUCACACAAGAUGGCAGCAGAGAGCUGUAGUGACAGGGACUUAUGUAAUGGAACGUUAGAGUAGUAGACAGAAAAACAGUGCUAAUGACAUUUCUUCCUUAUUCUACACUACAGAGAAUCAUAUCUGUUCUACACAAU